CACAUGAAUCCCCGCCUGAACUAAUUACAUACAUACUUGAUUGACGCUUGUCUUGUCACCAUUAAUAACACUACAAUCGUCACCUUCAAAAUCAAGACUUGGAAUCUACUGGCCAUUUUGAUUUCUACAACGACUUUCACACUUGAUAAUUGACCCGCUCAGUCAUUCAUCAUGGCGCGAACCAACGGGACUAGCCUCGACAGCAUUGACGAGGUUGAAGACCAGCUCAAAGAUGUCAUCCAGGGCCUGUACCAGGUCAUGGUUCAGGUGGCACACUACGACAACGCCGGCACCGCCAACAGCAAAGAAGUUGUCGCUAGCGAGCUCAAGUCACUCUCGUCGACGCUUCAGAACAUCCACAACACGGCCGCUGCGCCCUCGACCCGCCUCCCCCACGUCCCCGUCGAGUUGAUAGCCUACGUCGAGAAUGGUCGAAACCCUGACAUCUACACGCGUGAGUUUGUCGAGAUGCUGCGCCGCGGCAACCAGCUCAUGCGCGGCAAGACGCACGCCUUUGAGUCUUUCCGCGACAUACUGGCCGAGGAGAUGCGCGCCGCCAUGCCCGAGGUCCGCGAAGACGUCGACAGGGUCGUUGCCGCCACGACGGCCCCCAGCGGCGGCUCAAAAUCUGGCACAGCGUCUUCUGCGGCGACCACCGCGCGCGACAAUAACGGCAGCAACAGCAACAGCGCACCGGCGACUGCACAAUUCGCUGCCACCCGGCAGACUUAGAAUGGCUCCGGAUUCAGCGGCGACGCCGGCGGGUCUGUGUGGCCGCCCUCGUCACCAUCCCCGUGCCCCGGCGCGGUCAAAGCACCGCUAUCACUACUGUUACCACCCGAGACGGCGCAAAAUGCCGGGGAAUGUGUUUAUCCCGAUACUAUCGUUCCAUCCAAAGGGGCACCACGCGUCAUCGCACGCAACAUCAUACAGUUCAGCAACAUUGAAUAUGCCGCAGGUGGUCGUACCAUCCAAGCGGUAGGGGAACCACCCCGCAAGAGCAGCCGUGUGACUAGGCUUAAGCAGCAGCAGAACCGCGUCACCGUCCGGAGGCUUGUGCGCUUCUCCGGCCUUGGGGAUCGUUUGCAAGACAUGGCCACCCACCGCGGUCUGGCGGCUCCCUGCUUCUGCCACACCGCAAUCUAGUCAGAAUAUUUGCGCUUCAACACGCGGUCAGCAGCCAGCUUAGCGAUCGAAUCUUUUAUCCUGUCUUUUUGCACAGUUGUGUCAUGCAUGCUGCUACUGAACCAAAUCAUACUGCGGUGAUUGGGUGUUUCGAGCUGGCAGAUAUCAUUGGCUUCAUGAGCGCAACUAGACGCUAGCUGCGUUUAGAUACCAUUUUGGAGGGUGUCCAAAAGCCAGCUUGAUGCCGAGACUCCGUGACCUGCACAAGACCCAGUUCCUGUGGGAGGCUUCGCGGGACCAGGAAAGGGCCCCAUAUUAUCAUUGGCCAUGGAGUACUGGUAGUUGGCUGUAGUACAUCAUCAGCAGGAGAUACAGUAGUAGCCUUUCGGCUGAGAAAUUAAACAGUUGAUUGAUGCUACGCGAGGCCAUUGGCCAUCGUCGUGAUAGGAUUGCGCAGUGAGGUGAGCUUUGUGACGUUUAUUACUUGCAGCAUUUUCUCUCGUGGGACACAUUCUGGUUCACCAUGAAACACCGCAACACUCAAACCGAAGGCAGAAAAACCACUCGACAUACACAGCACAGCAACAAGAACUAGACUCACAUCUAAUGGAUCACCGUCAUAAUAUUCGUCACGCUGGAUGAUCGAUAUCUCUCCUUUUCUCUUUCUUUUCUUUCGUUCGACCGACCCUCGAGCAAAUAAAACAGACUGCCAUGCCCCCAAAACACGACCUGAAUGAGCUCCGAUCACAGUAAACUAUUGUAUAUACCAAAGAGACGUCCUCCACAGCUUGCCCCUCAAUCAGCAUCCAUAGGUGGUGCUAGGUUCAUGGUCCGGGGGUAAAAUGCAUAGACGAUAUAUAAACCACAAUAGAAUACAAUGAACAGAUGAGUACGAGAAUUCGUUUGAA